AUGGGGGAGCGCGUCAAAACCCUCGAGGCGCGCAUCAAGGAGCUAGACAAGAAGCUGGUGCAGCACCGGGAGGCGAUCAAGCGGACGCGGCCGGGUCCGGGGCAGGAGGUGGCCAAGAAGCGGGCGUUGCAAGUGCUGAAGCAGAAGCGCAUGUACGAGCAGCAGAUGGAGCAGGUGAUGCAGCAGCAGUUCAACGUCGAGGCGACGCAGUUCGCGACGGAGCAGGUCAAGGACAGCGUCACGCAGGUCGAGGCCAUGCGCGCGGCGCAAGUGGAGUUCAAGGCCGCUGUCAACAGCAAGGAGCUCGACCUCUCCGAGAUCGACAAGUUCCAGGACGAGAUGGCCGACCUCAUGGACUACCAGCGGGAGAUCCAGGACGCGCUCGGCCGGUCGUACGACCUGCCGGACGAGGUGGAUGAGUCGGAGCUCAUGGGCGAGCUGGAGGCGCUGGAGGCGGAGAUGGGGGAGACGUCGCUGGAGGAGACGGCGGACGGCGUGCCAAGCUACCUCGCGGACCUGCCGGAGCUGCCCGAGGCGGGCGAGAACCAGGCGGAGGAGGAGGCGCCGCAGCCCGCGAUGGCCGAGGGGCAGGCGGCGCACAGCUGA